AUGAGCAAUCAAAGUGAUGUUGUCAAUGUUGUUGUGUCUGGCGCUGCCGGACAGAUUGGAUACUCUUUGGUGUUCAAUAUUGUAAGAGGUGAUAUGUUUGGCAUCGAUCAAAAGGUGCGUGUCGUACUGCUUGAUAUUGCUCCAAUGAUGGAUUCACUCAAGGGUCUGAUUCUAGAGAUAGAGGAUGGUUGCUUCCCAUUGGUCAGCGAGGUGAUUGCCACAUCUGAUCCAAAGGAGGCCUUCACCAACAUUGACUAUGCCAUCCUUGUUGGUGGUAUGCCUCGUAAGGAGGGUAUGGAGCGUGUCGAUCUGCUUCGUGCCAACGCUGCAAUCUUCAAAGUUCAAGGAAAGGCUAUCAAUGACUAUGCCAAGAAGACUGUCAAGGUCCUUGUUGUCGCCAAUCCAGCCAAUACCAAUGCCUUUAUAGCACUUGCAAACGCUCCAAACAUCCCACCAGAGAACUUCUCAUGUUUGACUAGAUUGGACCAUAACCGUGCCAAGGCCCAGAUCGCUGCCAAGGCUGGCGUCUCUGUCAAGGACGUCCACAAUGUCAUUGUUUGGGGCAAUCACUCGCUGACCAUCUAUCCAGACACUCGCUACGGCUACAUCAACCUGCCCAGUGGCAAGUCGACCGUUGCUAGCGUCAUCAAGAACGAUCAAUGGCUGACAAACGACUUUGUCUCCACCGUACAGAAGCGUGGUGCCGCCGUCAUUGCCGCACGCAAGCUCUCAUCGGCUGCCAGUGCAGCCAAGGCCAUCACGGACCACAUGCGCGACUGGGCACUCGGCACACCCGAGGGCGAGUACGUUUCGAUGGGUGUCUACUCGGACGGCUCAUACAACGUUCCCGCUGGCGUCAUCUUCUCGUUCCCCGUCACCAUCAAGAACGGCGUAUACUCAAUCGUUCCCGGCCUGCCCAUUGAUCAAAUCACACGCGACAGAAUCGACCUCACUGCCAAGGAGCUGGUCGAAGAGAAGGACAUGGCUGUCAAGAUCCUCGCUGAGAAC